AUGCCAGCCCAGUCGCGGACAUCGGUGGCCAUCGUGGGCGGAGGACCCGGAGGUAUCGGAGCAGCCAUUGCUCUAAGUAAGCUGCCUUUUCUUCAGGUGACUUUGUUCGAGAAGAACCCAGAGCCACGCGAGGCCGGUGCCGGGAUCAGUCUAAGCACCAACGCUUGGAAAGUCCUGGAUCUGCUUGGUGCAAGCGAGGGUGUGAAAGGGGGCUCUAAGCAGAAUACAUAUCAAAGGAAUGCCUAUACCGGGAAGGUCAUCAGUAUCGCCGAGCAUCCGGAGAAUUCAGCUGGGGAGCAUCGAGGCUCUAUACGUGCGAGAAGAACCCGCCUCCAGCGAGAACUUCUCUCCAAAGUCCCCGAAGGCAUCAUUCAGUAUGGUAAAAAGCUCAUUCGACAAGAAGACUUGCCGACUGCAGGAGUGGGUUUGCAUUUCCAGGAUGGAACCUACUUCGUUGCAGAUCUUGUCAUUGGAGCCGAUGGGCUGCACUCGGUUGUUCGUCGGACACUCUUUCCCGACCAUGAGCUUCGGUUUACUGGAAACACGCAGUGGCGUGUGCUUUUGCCCAAAGCCCUUUUAGCUCAUUUACCAGAUAUUACCUCCGCAACGGGCUGGUGGUGGGGCGAACAGGGUCAUGUUUAUUUCUCCGACGUGGAUGACGAGACGGAGACCGAUGAUCCGUAUUUUGAGAUCACUGUGCGUUCUUACAUCGAAGAGUUCACCGCUGGCGAAACUGUCAGCUGGGGCAUUCCUGCGUCCAAUGCAAAAGUGGCAUCGCGCGUCUUGCAAUUUGAUGAAAGGGUACAGCAGGCAGUAGGCGCUGUUCCUGAGGGUCAGUGGAGGGAGUUCUCAGCUUAUGCCGGUCCAAGGUUGGCCGAGAUCAUCGGAUGGAACAAGGUUGCUCUUGUGGGAGAUGCCAGCCAUCCUUUGUCCGGGGCUUUUGGCUCUGGGGCGACAUUUGCGAUGGAGGACGCAUGGAUCUUAAGCCGGGCCCUAGAACAUACUCAUCUUUCAUCGGAGCCUAUUAAAAAUGCCCUCGAAAUAUUCAACCACAUCCGCACUCCCUACUACGACAGAAUGUGCGGCUCUCAUCUUCAUCAACAGUGUCCGAGCGAGGGCGGUGAUUUCGACGACUUCCUGCAAGCCAAGGUGGAUAUGUUCAUCAAUGGGGAUAAAGAUUUCAUCUACAAGAAUGACAUCGAAAAGGUCUGGAGGGAAUAUCUACAGGAGGGACAGGCGAAGUUGUAG